AUGAGCACCGCCCUCCCACUCCAAAUCCUCAUCGGCCUCUCGGCCGCAUACAUCAUCUGGCCAGGCGGCCCAGACCCCAGGUUCGACCACCGAAUGAUCGCGUCAGCCUGGUCCUCCCUCUCGAAACUCACAUGGGGGAGUUCCUCCCCUUCGACCAACCCGCACUUGUCUGACGCGAAGGAUAUAUAUCUGGAUGAAGCUAUGCCAACCUCAAAAAAUCUGGAGACUCAACUUGGCAUCGUAUACGGGCUCGCGGUUGUACUUUUCGUCUUGUUUGCAGCGCUCGGUUGUCUCUGGAUAGGGAGAAAGGUACGGACGAUGAUUGUCGAUGAGCAGGUUCGGCAGAGCAUUGAGAAGAAUAUACCUGGUCCUGUCAAGAAGAUGUUCGUUCCCUUGCAGAAUGUCUUCGGUCGAUUCGUCCAAAAAGGCUUUAUCCCAGUCAAGAAAGUCUUCGGUCCAAUCAUCUUGAUACUCUUCAGCCCAAUCGGAAAAGUCCUUGCCCUACUCAACGCAAUCCUUGACUUCAUCCUGGCUAUCCCAGAAACAAUCAAGAACAAGUAUCUCGCGCCGUUCAAGAAGUUGCAAGAAGAAGAGUCCGCCAAGCUGAAAGCCAUCCUGGAAGAGCAGCUUGUGCAACUGCGGAUCUCGGCCGAUGGGCUGAAGACAACCUGUGGUACUCUUGACGAGAGGAACGAUCAGAUCCAGCAACGGUUGGAAAGGAUCGUUAAGCAGAUAGAAAGCAUCACCGAGUGGCAACGACAGUGUGAGUUCUAUUUCAUGCGAGAACCGAAGCACGCGAGGGAGAAGAAGGCUGAUGAAGCAGCGUAA